CUUCCCAAUAUUUUAUUAAAGACCUCGACGCCCUUCCCGCCAUCUUGUGCCCGCCCACACGAAUUCCCGCCCCUCCCGCCGCCGUUGCUCCGCAACGCCCGAGCGGCCGCGGCGCGUCCCCGGGGCCAGCGGGGCUGAGGCGGCCCGGCUCGAUGGAGCCCGGCAACUUCAUAGCGCAGGACAACAACUGGAAAAAUCGUGUUGAAAGUGAACGAGAUUCUGCAAAAAGAUGGGCUGAAAAAUGGGGAUUUUUGAAAACACCUCUAGAGGAGUUGCUUGGAGAUGAAAAGAAAGGAGAUGCAAAGCCCAAGCUACAGCUUCCAGAUCACCUGCGGGUUCGACCUGUGACACCUGUGGAAAAAUACAUUAAGGUGCUUCCAUCUCCUCCAGUACCUAAAACUACCCAGGGAUUUAUUGGCUGGAGAUCAGGUGUUCCAGAACUGGCACUUGAACAUGAUUAUCAAAUUCAAAGCUGCAAAGGAACCGUCCGUAGUAUGAAGUGACCAUGUGAGCCCUCUGAGUGGCAUUAUGAAAUAAAGAGGCACAAAGAUCCAUCUCUAUUCCUAAGGAAAUAUCCUGUGGUGGACUGCUGGACUGUUGAUCAUUCCUGCUAUUUAUGUAAAAAUCCACAAUCAUUUUGGUGAAGUGAAAAUUUUCAUUUUACUUAAUUGAAUCAAUGGCAUCCAAGCUGUUAACUCUGCUUCAGAGCUUCUGCUUGUAACUUAGAAAUAACAAUUAAUAAACUCAGAUGAAGAUCA